CCCUGAGUCUUAUAUUUGUCUACAAGGUAUUAGUCACUCUAUGGUCUCUGGAUAAUGCCCGAUGACCUUUACCAGCUAUGGCAGCCAUUGCUUUCCCCCUAGGGCAGGCCCUGCCCCUCCUGGGAAACCUAGCAAGGUGUGUCCUUGACACCCUCCCUGAAGUUCAGCUAGGACCAGAUUAUUCUGGGUUCAGUCUCAGGGACUUGCUCAGAGAAGUAAGAAGCAAAGCACAGUAUAGACAGCCAGGCAGGAGCAUGGGACGGGAGGGCCUGGCAUGCUCCGCGCAUCAAUGCAGGCACCUGCUGACUCUGGCUGCUAGUCUUCUGCUCACCUAUGGGCCAGCAUCAGCAUUUCAAGAACCACGUAGUUCUAGUGGAUCAAUGGCUUCAGUGCUCAGAACGACACCCAAGACAAGCACAAGAACAUGGGGCACAAGGACAACAGAGACUGCUUCAACUUUACACUGGAGAAGUAGCAUUUCCUCAAACUUGUCCACUCAAAGAGGCACAAGAAACUCUCAGAAAGCAGUGAGCAGCAUGAAAUUUACCAGCUCUGCUUCCCAGGUAUCACUUGAGUCGGUUGCACCUAAAACCACAUUGUCCAUGAUGAUCCCUGAAAGCACAUGGAAGAGCACUGGUUCUGCUUCAGUUAAUAUGUCUAAUUCGACACGGACUGACACACAUAAUGGAGCUGCAUUAAAUAAUAUCCCUCCAUCAGACACAUCCACCACUGUCACUCGGGCAGAACCUAGCAUACCUGAGAUGAUUUCAACCACAGACCACACUCCGAAUGUUACUGAAGUGCUCUUUACUAAUGCUGUUCUUGUACACAGAACAGAAUCUACUACUAACAACACUUCCUAUUCAAGCACUGAUCAGCCAAUCAAGCCAGAAGAAGCCUCCACUAGAAUAUCCACAGGGCUCCCAAACUCUAUAAUCAGCACAGAAUUUACUGUUACUCAGGUAGGAAAUUUUGUGACUGCCCAAAACACAGCCUUCUCUCAAAGUACACCACCAAGUUCCUCUGUGCCGGGAAUGUUCUCCAGUGUCUCUCAGAAUUAUCCAUUCUUAAAGACAUCUGUUCAUCCUAGCAAAAAGCAUGAAACCCCAUCCAUGACGAACUCCACACCACUGGCAGGAAUCAGCUCAGAAAGUGCCUGGGGAACUAGAGCCAGAACAGGCUCUUCAUCACCUGUUAAUUUUACGUCACAGAGGCAUAGUCAUCCCUUUUUAGGUUCCACGAACUCAUCCUUACCUAUCAGCCAUCAUACUCCUAAACAAGGUUGGACCACAGCUAGGAUACAAUCCAGAAAACUCGAGGAUACAGAUUCCCCCACAGAGUACAGUCCUAAGCAUACAGAAGCACCUACGAAUCUUUCUCUUCUUGAAUCUUUGACAAGGGACAUGACUAUUGGGAACAUAUCCCUUACAACAAUAUAUGAGUCAACAUCAGAAGAAACUUCCACUGGAAUCUCCAUCAGUACCCCUGGUUCCAGCAUCACUACAAAAUCACAACAGCUGAUGAAUAGCCAUACUGGACAUUCCGUGAUGACACCAGGCAUGAUGACUUAUGAAAACGUACCAACCUCUGCUUCAAUCAACAACGCUGACUCCAGUAGAGUACAUACAUUUCCACAUUCAGAAGCUGUGGAUCCUUCCAACAAUAUUGCUUCAGAACCAUGGAUACCUAUUCCUUGGAAAGAAUCCAUGCCUGCAGAUGCUGUAACCAUGCCACAUGAGGCACAUUCACCUUCUGCUCUUUCUUCCAUGGUAGACAGACACAAUACAGCAUCUACUAUUUCUGUGGCCUCUGUCAUCACAAUUUCUAAGGACCUAAUCCCAACAAAUUUGUCUACAAGCUCAGGACCUGUGACUGCUUCAACUCCAGGCUUGAGCCGCAGUGAUCAUAAACGUUUCAAUAUGUCACAAGUGUCCAAAUUGUCACAGAUGACCACUGUUUCCUCUUCCAUGAAAAGAAACAACAUGGAAAAUGGGAGCUCAACAUCACAAGUGCAUCACUCCAUCACAACUCCACCACUUUCAUCAGAAAAGGAACAUUUCAUGAUUCUGGCCAGCUCAGAAGGCACCAAACUUUCAUCUCCAAAAUCAAUUUCCUUUUCAACAGCAGAUAUAGAAAAACAAAUAGCUUUUAUGUUUAUGACAGUAUGGAAAAAUUCCAGUAAAUCUGAAGACAUGCAUUCAACCAAAAUAUACAGUACUAGCAAAACUGAUGUACCCACUAGUCCUUCUCUUGUGGAAUCUAUGGCUAAAACUAUAACUAAUGGUAGAACAGACUUUUCUAAGUUACAUCACUCAAUAUCAGAAGAAAUUUCCCCUGGAACCUCCAGUGCUCUGCCUACUUCCACUACCAGUGCAGAAUCAGAAGAGAUGACAAAAACAAGUCAUAGGGGACAUACUGUGGUGACAUCAAAUGUGGAGACUUCCAAAGACACACCGACCACUACUUCAAGCACAGAGACACAACCCAGUGUGACAGAGACAUUUCCACUUUCAGAAUCCUUGGUUCAUUCUAUCAACUCUCCAUCCCUAUCGCAGACUCAGUCAGUGUGGGAAGGAUCCAUGUCUGCAAGUUCCAGAAGACCUACUGCUGAGGCACCCUCACAUUCUCCAGUUUCUGACAAUGCAGACAGAUAUAGUAGCACCUUUCCUGUUUCUGUCAAAUCUGUGUUCACGUUUGAUAAGCCCACAAUCCCUUCUGCAUUAUACACAACACCUGGGUCAGGGUCCCUUUCAAUACCAAGCUCCAACAGUUCCCACCUCACCACCAUCUCACAGACAAUGAUUGUUUCCUCACUCACACCAGAGGAACACAUAGAAGAUGGGACUUACAAACACAACAUCACACCUACAUCACUUGAAAAGGAAUCUUUCAUCACUAGUGUGCCCACCAUGGAACAAACUGGACUUUCAUCUCCACAGCCAGCCUCAUCAGAAAGUACAGAAAUUGAGACAGGGACAGCUUCCUCCUUGAAGACAGCAAGGACAGAUUUGAGAAAAUCUGAAGAAAUACAUUCAGCCAUAGAAUACAGUCCUGUCAAUAAUGAACUCUCCACCACCCCUUCCCUUUUUGACUCUGGAAUAAGAGCAGUGUCUGCUGACAGUAUAGCCCUUCAUCCAUCAACACCAGAAGACAAUUCCACUGGAAUCUCCAUCAGUCUUUCUACCUUUUCCCCCAGUUCAGAAUCACAAGAGAUGACAAGCAGAGCCACAGGACAUUCUCCAGUUACCACAAACAUUUUAACUUACCCAGACACAACAAACACUGCCUCGGUCAAGGUCAUCCACUCCAGUGGGACAGAUAUAAUUCCACAUUCACAACCCACAGCUCCUUUCAACAACCCUGCUUUAGCAUCAUGGACACUUAUUCCUGAGGAAGGAUCUGUAUCUAAAGUUUCCACAAUCAUACAAGGGUCACCUUCACUGAGCCCUCACGCUUCCUUGCCAGACACACAUAGUAUUCAGUCUCCUGAUUCUGCUGCCUCUUAUUUCACAGUUUUUAAGGACUCCAUCCUCACAAAGUCAUACCCCAGCUCAGGUCCUGUUAGUGAUUAUCUUGCAAGCUGGAGCAGUGUGUCUCAGCCAAGUGACAACAGUAUUCAUAUUUCCCAAACCUCACAGAUGAAUACCAUUUCUUCAGUCACUUCAGGAUCCAUCAUGGAAGCCAGCCAUUCUGUACCCCAAUUAAAGUACCCCAUAACUUCUACAUCAGUGUCAUCUGAAAGGAAAGUCUUCCCUACAACCUUGUCCACACUUUCACCCACACAAUCAACAUCAUUUGAAAAUACAAAUAUGGGGACACAGACAUUUACUCUCCUGACCACACUGACACAAUCUAAUACAUCUGAGAAGAUGCAUUCAAGUGCGGAUUUCAUUCAUAUCCAUUCUGACAUGCCUAACAGUUCCUCUAGUCUUGUAGCAAGGACAGUAUCCAUGUCUCCUGAUAACACAUUACUUCCAAUGCUACAGGGUUUUAUGUCAGAUGAUACCAAGUUUACAUCUGAAGAUAGGACCAGUGGAAUUUUCACCAAGCUUCAUGGCUCCAACACUAUCACAGAAUCAGAAGAAAUAUCUACCAGACAGAUCGGGGAUCCUGAAGUGACAUCAAACAUUGUCCCCUCCCUAGAAACAUCAACCAUAUCUUCAGUGUCAGACAAUCUCAGUUUCACUCCAACCCCAAUCACAGAGACAUCCACAUUUCUAAGGAAAAGUUAUGAAGUCCCAUCAAAUGCAACUUUUCCAACUCUAAAUGGAAGCCAGCUUGUCAAGUCCCCAGGACAUCUUGAUGGAUCUACAUCAAGUUCACCUGUUACUUCCACAGUAGAAAGCAGCACGCCCUCUCCCAAUUCUGUCUUCACUUCUUCUAAGGAGACAAUCACAACCAGGAUAGAUACAAAGUUACACCAUUUGUCUACUUCAUUUCCAAACUGGACCAGCAGUACCCAUUCAAGCCAAGAGGCUGCACAAGUCACCAAACUUUUACCGACAAGCUCUUCUUCCUAUGUUGAAGCAGAGACAAAUAUGGCAGUCAGCAGUUCCAUACCCCAAUCCAAAUCCUCUAUUACCCCUGUGUCAGUUUCACUGGAAACUGCAUUUUCUGCCAUGUUGCAGCAUCCCUUGGUAGAUACUACAGUUUCUAUUUCACAGCCAACGUUUUCUGAGGCCUCUGGAAUUCUAAGCCAAUCACUUCCACAAACUACUAUUCUUGAAGAGACCACCUUUCCCACAACAUACAAUACUGUUUUUUCUCAGUUAACCCCUAAUGUGUCUCCUAGCCUCUCCAAUUCAGAAUCCAUUACAGUUGGAAAAUUCCCCACAAGAAGCCCUUCCUACUCCUCAGCAUCAGAAGAUGCACACACCUCUGCAGAUUCAACAUCAACUAUCAUUGAAAAAAAUACAUCUUCACCUGUAACUUCUUUGAUACAAGGACAAAAUAUAUCCUCCCUUGGUUUUGUGGCUACAUUUGGAACUUCUGUUCAAGAGACAACCUCAAAUAGAAAAGGCACAAAUAUAGCUUCCAGGAGCAUCUCAAUUCAAAGCCUAGAUACCACAGGACUUUCAACUUCAGAUUCCUCAUAUAACAGGAGAAACUUGCAGAUAAGUCACAGUUCCUCAAAAAAACCAGCAACCAGUGUACAAACAUCUAUUUCUGGAGGGCAUUCCCAAGGCACUGUCCUAGUUGAUUCAGUUCCAUCAAGAACAACUGUAAUUAUGACCUCACAAAGCAACACAAUAAUUUCCACAUCAAUGCCCUUAUCUAACCCUGCACAUAUAGAAACUCAAAAAGCUUUCCCCCUAACGUCAAUAGAACAGGAAACCACCAAUCCUGAAGAUAUGGACUUGAUGACGAAACAUAGUUCUGGCCUUAAUACAGUGCCCACUAGUACUUCCAUUGGGCUUUCCAGAACAGAAGCUAACUCAGCUGAUAGAACAUCCAUUUCAAGCUCUGGAUCCUUCACAAAGACAACAGACAUAUCAAUGGGAAAUAUCUCCAAUAUCUCUACUAUUUUCUUUCCAAACACUGACAUUGGUCAAGUACCUAAUGCUGAGGAGUCAUCCAACAUCUCUCUAUGGAACUCAUCAGAUACUACUUCUUAUACUGGGACCAUUUCUACUAUAACUCAGACAGUUUUAUAUUCAGACUCAAUCCCUCAUCCCAGCAGUUCUGAGUCAUUGUCAUGGACAGACUCUUCAUACCAUGCAGCAACUUCCUCUAUAAACCCUGCAGAAAUUAUACCUGGAACAACAUCAUCUUCUCCUGCUACUUCUACAUCAGAAUCACAAAGUCUUUUCUCUCCUACUUCUGUGGCCUCCACAUUUUCUUCUGUGGAAACAAGUACAAAGGAGUUGGACAUAAACCAAGCUCCUUUUACAACUUCAUUACCAAGCUGGAGCAACAGUGAGCUAUCCACCUCACAGGACACCCAAACCUCACAAAAAUCUUAUAGUUUUACCAGAACUGAAGUAGGCAUGGACAUGACCACUGUUGGACCCCAGUCCCAGCACACUGUAUCAUCUGAGACUGUUUCAACAAAUGGUACUAUCUCUUCUUUGUUGACACUACCAACCAAGACUUCACAUUCUGCUUCCUCUCUAUCACCACAGAGCUCAAACUCCACAUUUUCCCCUAAGACUUCAUUCCCCACCUCUGAAUUUAUAAAGACACCAGAUACAUUGAGCAGAAGCUUGGAAACUCAAACAAGUUCGCCUCUAAAUUUGGGCAGCACCUCACUUGAAAUGUUGGGCUUACCUAAAGGUACUACUGAUACAGAAGAUUUCCCUUCUUCCUCAGGUUUCACAGUAACCAACAUGCAGGCCAAUACUAUGACACAUGAGCUAAGUUCUUCCAUUUCAAUACCUUCUGAAUCAUCCAGGAACACCUAUACAAUGGGUAGUUCUUCCUCCAUAUGGAUGACUACUAUGUCCACACCAUUGUCUAACCACUUAGAGACUACGAGAUAUGAUACUGAGCCAUUUUCCUAUUUGACUUCUGGAUUGAGGGACAGUAACACAUCUCUACAAACAAAUGUACCUUCAACCUCUGUGUCCACUCUCAUAUUUCCAAUUUCUGAGACUGAUGACACUACUUCUGCUAUGAAUAUAUCAACCCCACUUCAGACUCCAUCUUCACAGUUUACUGAAUUUCCAAUAGAAAUAGAUACCAACUUAAAUUUUUCUUUGCCUAUUGUAGAGUCUACUGAGAUAACAUCCUUCCCAGCAUACAAUUUUACUAUGCCAUCAUUAGAAAGUACCCAUGUUCCAAGAACUGAUACACUGCCUUCAGCUGAGAUUACUUUGAUUGACGCAACAACACUUUCUCCAACAGAAGAGAUGGCUUCAUUUGCCACAAUGAUCAUUCCCGAAGGCAGUUCAGAUGUGAGUUCCAGCAGCCCGUCUUCCGUAACACAGCCAAGCCAUUUGGUUUCCCCCAUUGUAAAAACCCUGCCUUCAUCAACUUCUACAUCAUUGCCCUUUUCUUGUUCCACUACCAACGACUCUACAGCUAGCUCAGCCCUCGACAGGAUUACUACACCUUCAGAAAUGGAAGAUGGCACACAGCACCACACACAGAUAUCUCAUGGAGGUACCCAUGAAGACCCUGAAGGCCUGGGCAGGGCCACCCUGGCUUCCACAUUACAUGCUAGCCAUAAAGAUCUAUACACAGAAGUAAAAACAGAGACUACGACCACAGCUCUGAAGGCCACUUUUAUGAUCACUUCAAACACCAAAAUCUUGACUACAACUUCAAGACCCCUGAGUCACCUAAAGACACCAGAGAAAACAGCCAAUGUAAACACAACUGAGAUGACUAACACAGCCUCCAAUACUUCUAACAAUCUAGUAGAGAUAGCAACUGCAUCUUCCACAGGCUUUAGAAAAAAUUCUAUGAUGGUCAGCAUAACAAGACCAUCUCCUUACAGUAGAAAAGCAGAAAUCACAUUCCCAUGGAUCCCCAGUCUUAGGACAAAGAUCAGCCCAGAUGUUCAUACUUCUACUGUCUCCUCUGGAGAGUCUGAAACAAUCUCAUGGAUCACUCAUCCUCUAGAGACUACUUCAGCUGUUGCCAAGACAACCAUAAAUGCUUCUCAAAGUAAAUCAGAUUCCAUGGAGUCCAUAGCCACCAGUCCCAGAGAAGUCACCAGUUCAACUGUUUUAACUACAACUAUCUCACCUAUUGUCCCAGAUAUAGUCACUAUUGAACAGGAAAGCAGAUCAUUUGUUCCAAUUAUAGAUACCUUACCUAAUAUUCCAAAUAUAAACUUAGAGGGUCAGAGUGAGAAUUCUAAAGAAAAUUCAAGGACAUACAAACCAAUUCUGAAUCUUUCACCUUCUGAACCACAUACCACAAUUUCUCUGAUCUCUCAUGUUGGAGAAAAGACUAGUUUGCCGCUGUCUAAUAUUGCUGUCUCUUCAGAUGUGACAAAAAUGAGACCACUGAUCACAACCUCUGGGACAGGAAAUCAGACUGUUUCUCCAGAUCAGUCAGAGACCUCGACCUCAUGGAUUAAAUAUCCUGGAACUGAAGCCAGCUUAAGGAUGUUAACUACAAACCUCUCACCAAGUAUUCGAGACUUGGUGACCUUAAAAUCUGUAAAUCACACUUCUAAACUACAGAGCACAAUUUCAUUGCUAACUGAUGCUGAAAAGCAUCCCAGUUCACCCAUGUCUACUCUAGCUGUCACUGUAGGCAUAAUAGAAGGAACUCUGUCACCAGUCAUUAACAAGGGCACAGAAAACCAUGCACCAGCUUCAACUCUAGAUUUAUCCUCAGAUCUUUCAGAGACCACAACCUCUUGGAUCACUCAUGCUGAAAAAGAAGGCAUUUCAGGAAUUCUAACUACAAACUAUUUGCCUAGUGUUACAGAGAGGAUGACCUCAACAAACCUGAACCACACUCCUGAAGCACAGACCAAAACAUCAUCAGUCACUCAUGCUAAAGUACAGCCAAGUAUAUUCACGUAUACUGAGGUUGACUCUCAGGGUAUACUAGAAGGGACACCAGCACUAUUCACUUCCUUGGACACAGACACCUCUACAAUGACGUCUACUGUACGUGUAUCCACAGGGAAACAUGAGACAACAGCACCAUUGGUCAUGCCUCCUGGAAAGGAAGCUACUUCCUGGGUGGUGCCUACCACCAUUUCAACUAAUGUUCCAGAAACAACGACCUCACUAACUCUUAUUUCUUCUGAGCAACAUACAACAGUUUCACUAGCCUCCAAUGCUGAGGGACAUCUGAGUACAGUCAUGUCCACUCUGCCUGUGUCUCCAAGUACAACAGAACUCAUGCAAUCACUGGACAACAGCUCUGACGCAGAAAAGCAUUUAGAGACUUCUACUCUGGAUAUUUCCCUAGGUCACCUGCAAUCCACAGAACCAUGGUUCACCCAUGCUGGUAGUAAAGGGAUGUCAGAGGUCCUAUCUACAAAUGUCUUGCCUAAUCCUCCAGACCUGAAAACAUCACCAACUCAGAACCACACUUCUUCAAAAACAGAGACCAUAACAUCAUUGCCCACACAUGAUGGGGGACAGCAAAAUUUAUCUUUGUCUACUCAUCCUAUAUCUCCAGGUAGAACAGAAGUGACACAAGAGCUGUUCACUGACUUGGUCACAGAAACCUCUACAGUUGCAUCUACUCUGACUGUAUCCUCAAGUCAACCAGAAUCCAGAGCACCAUGGGUCACCCAUCCUGGAAAGGAAGCUACCUCAGGUGUUCUACAAACCUCCAUUUCAACCAUAACUCCAGAAAUAAGGACCUCACCUACUCUUAUUACUUCUGGACCACAUAGCACCAUUUCAUUAGUCACCCAUGUUGGGGGACAGCCCAGCUCAGCCAUGUCUACACUACCUGUUUCUCCAGGUAUGACAGCCAUACCACCACAGGUCACCAGCUCUGGCACAGAAAGGUAUAUAGAGACUUCACAUCUGGAUGCUUUUCCAGGUAACCCACAGUCCACAGCUCCAUGGUUCACCCAUCCUGGUAGAGAAGAGACCUCAAGGAUUCGAACUACAACCAUCUCACCUCGUGCUCCAGACAUGGUGACCUCAGAACCUCAGAACCACACUUCAUCUAAUACACAGACCAUGACAUCAUUUGUCACUCGUGGUGAGGGACAGCACAAUCUAUCUGUCCCAACUCAUGCUAUAUCUCCAGGUACAACAGAAAUGACACCAUCACUAUUCCCUGACUUGGGCACCAACAACUUUAUAAUCACUUCAACCAUGCCUGUUUCUUCAGAUCACCCAGAGUCUACAACCACACUGGUCAGCAAUUAUGAAACAGACGCCACUUUAGGGGUUCAACUUACAAUACCUUCAACCAAUGUUUCAGAAAUGAUGACCUCAGAAACUCAUAAUCCUUCUCAAACACAUACCACGGUUUCAUUGGUCACCCAUGGGGGACAAUUCGGUUCACCCAUGUCCACUGUGCCUGUCUCUCCAGGUAUAACAGAAUUGAUGCCAUCACCAGUUACUCGCUUUGGCACUGAAAGCCAUUCAGUGUCUUUGACUCCGGCCAUUUCCUCAGGUCAGCCUGAAACCAUAGCCUGGUUCAUGCAUCCCAGUAGUAAAGGGACUUCAGAGGUUCUGUCUACAAACAUCACACCAGGUGCUCCAGACAUGGUGACAUCAACAACUCUGAACCACACUUCUUCAGAAACACAGACCAUAACAUCAUUAGAUACCCACAGUGAGGGAAAGUCCACUUUAUCUGUGUCAACACAGGCUGUCUCUCCAGGUAUAACAGAAGGGACACUAGCACUGUUUACUACCUUGGGCGCAGAAACCUCCACAGUGAUGUCUACUGUGCCUGUAUCCACAAGGCAACAUGAGACUACAGCACUCAUACCACAGUUUUCAUUAGCCACCCAUGCUGGGGGACAGCAGAGUGCAGUCAUGUCUACUCUGCCUGUCUCUCCAAGUAUAACAGAAAUCACACCAACAUUGGACACAAUCUCUGGCACAGAAAGGCAUUUAGAGACUUCUACUCUGGAUAUUUCCCUACAUCACCUGCAAUCCACAGAACCAUGGUUCACCCAUGCUGAUAGUGAAGGGAUGUCAGAGCUUCUAUCUACAAAUGUCUCACCUAAUGCUCCAGACCUUAUAACAUCACCAACUCAGAACCACACUUCUUCAAAAACAGAGACCAUAACAUCAUUGGCCACACAUGGUGGGGGACAGCCCAAUUUAUCUUUGUCUCCUCAUCCUGUAUCUCCAGGUAUAACAGAAGUGACACAAGAGCUGUUGACUAACUUGGACACGGAAACCUCUACAGAUGCAUCUACUCUGACUGUAUCCUCAAGUCAGCCAGAAUCCAGAGCACCAUGGGUCACCCAUCCUGGGAAGGAAGCUACCUCAGGUGUUCUACAAACCUCCAUUUCAAUCAUAACUCCGGAAAUAAGGACCUCAUCUACUCUUAUUACUUCUGGACCACAUAGCACCUUUUCAUUAGACACCCAUGUUGGGGUACAGCACAGUUCAGUCAUGUCUACACUACCUGUUUCUCCAGGAAUGACAGCCACACCACCACUGGGCACCAGCUCUGGCACAGAACAGUUUAUAGAGACUUCAAAUCUGGACACUUCCACAGCCCACCCACAGUCCACAGCUCCAUGGUUCACCCAUCCUGGUAGAGAAGAAACUUCAAGGAUUCAAACUACAACCAUCUCACCUCGUGCUCCAGACAUGGUGACCUCAGAACCUCAGAACCACACUUUAUCUAAUACACGGACCACAACAUCAUUUGUCACUCAUGGUGAGGGACAGCACAAUCUAUCUGUGUCUACUCAUGCUGCAUCUCCUGGUAUAACAGAAAUGACACCAUCACUAUUCCCUGACUUGGGCACCAACAGCUUUACAAUCACUUCAACCAUGCCUGUUUCUUCAGGUCACCCAGAGUCUACAACCACACUGGUCAGCCAUUAUGAAACAGAAGCCACUUCAGGGGUUCAACUCACAACAUCAUCAACCAAUGUUCCAGAAAUGAUGACCUCAGAAACUCAUAAUCCCUCUCAAACACAUACCACAGUUUCAUUGGUCACCCAUGGGGGACAAUUCAGUUCACCCCUGUCCACUUUGCCUGUCUCUCCAGGUAUAACAGAAUUGAUGCCAUCACCGGUCACUAGCUUUGGCACUGGAAGCCAUUCAGUGACUUCAGCUCUGGUCAUUUCCUCAGGUCAGCCUGGAACCACAGUCCCAUGGUCCUCCCAUCCUGUUAGUGAAAAGACUUCAGAGGUUCUUUCUACAAACGUCUCACCUAGUGCUCCAGACAUGGUGACAUCAACAACUCUGAACCUCACUUCUUCAGAAACACAGACCAUAACAUCUUUGGUCACACAUCGUGAGGGAAAGCCCACUUUAUCUCUGUCAACUCUGGCUGUCUCUCCAGGCAUAACAGAAGGGACACCAGCACUAUUCACUGCCUUGGGCACAGAACCCUCUACAGUGACUUCUAUUAUGGCUUCAUCCACAGGAAAAACAGAGACUACAUCACCAUUAGUCACCCUUCCUGGAAAGGAAGCCACUUCCUGGGCAGAAUCUACCACCAUUUCUACUAAUGUUCCAGAAACAAUGACCUCACUAACUCUCAUUCCUUCUGAACAACAUCCCACAGUUUCACUAGCCACCAAUGCUGGGGGACAGCUGAGUGCAGUCAUGUCUACUCUGCCUGUCUUUCCAAGUGUAACAGAAAUCAUACAAUCAUUGGACACCAGCUCUGGCACAGAAAGACAUUUAAAGACAUCAACUCUGGAUAUUUCCCUAGGUCACCUGCAAUCCACAGCCCCAUGGUUCACCCAUGCUGGUAGGGAAGAAACAUCAGUGGCUCCUUCUCCAACCAAAUCAACUACUUCUCCAGACAUAGUAACAUCAGGAACUCUGAACCUCACUUCUUCAAAAACAGAGACGAUAACAUCAUUGGCCACACAUGAUGGGGGACAGCCCAGUUUACCUUUGUCUACUCAUCCUAUAUCUCCUGGUAUAACAGAAGUGACACAAGAGCUGUUCACUGACUUGGUCACAGAAAACCUCUACCUUUGCAUCUACUCUGACUGUAUCCUCAAGUCAACCAGAAUCCAGAGCACCACAUGGGUCACCCAUCCUGGAAAGGAAACUACCUCAGGUGUUCUACAAACCUCCAUUUCAACCAUAACUCCAGAAAUAAGGACCUCAUCUACUCUUAUUACUUCUGGACCACAUAGCACCGUUUCAUUAGUCACCCAUGUUGGGGGACAGCACAAUUCAGCCAUGUCUACACUACCUGUUUCUCCAGGUAUGACAGCCAUACCACCACAGGUCACCAGCUCUGGCACAGAACGGUAUAUAGAGACUUCACAUCUGGAUGCUUUUCCAGGUAACCCACAGUCCACAGCUCCAUGGUUCACCCAUCCUGGUAGAGAAGAGACCUCAAGGAUUCGAACUACAACCAUCUCACCUCGUGCUCCAGACAUGGUGACCUCAGAAACUCAGAACCACACUUCAUCUAAUACACAGACCAUAACAUCAUUUGUCACUCAUAUUGAGGGACAGCACAAUCUAUCUGUGUCUACUCAUGCUAUAUCUCCUGGUAUAACAGAAAUGACGCCAUCACUAUUCCCUGACUUGGGCACCAACAGCUUUACAAUCACUUCAACCAUGCCUGUUUCUUCAGGUCACCCAGAGUCUACAACCACACUGGUCAGCCAUUAUGAAACAGAAGCCACUUCAGGGGUUCAACUCACAACAUCAUCAACCAAUGUUCCAGAAAUGAUGACCUCUGAAACUCAUAAUCCCUCUCAAACACAUACCACAGUUUCAUUGGUCACCCAUGGGGGACAAUUCAGUUCACCCCUGUCUACUCUGCCUGUCUCUCCAGGUAUAACAGAAUUGAUGCCAUCACCGGUCACUAGCUUUGGCACUGGAAGCCAUUCAGUGACUUCAGCUCUGGUCAUUUCCUCAGGUCAGCCUGGAACCACAGUUCCAUGGUCCUCCCAUCCUGUUAGUGAAGAGACUUCAGAGGUUCUUUCUACAAACAUCUCACCUAGUGCUCCAGACAUGGUGACAUCAACAACUCUGAACCACACUUCUUCAGAAACACAGACCAUAACAUCUUUGGUCACACAUCAUGAGGGAAAGCCCACUUUAUCUCUGUCAACUCUGGCUGUCUCUCCAGGAAUAAUAGAAGGAACACGAGGACUAUUCACUGCAUUGGCCAGAACCUCUACAGUGACUUCUAUUGUGGCUUCAUCCACAGGAAAAACAGAGACUACAUCACCAUUAGUCACCCUUCCUGGAAAGGAAGCCACUUCCUGGGCAGAGUCUACCACCAUUGUUCCAGAAACAAUGACCUCACUAACUCUCAUUCCUUCUGAACAACAUCCCACAGUUUCACUAGCCACCAAUGCUGGGGAACAGCUGAGUGCAGUCAUGUCUACUCUGCCUGUCUCUCCAAGUAUAACAGAAAGCACACCGUCAUUGGACACCAGCUCUGGCACAGAAAGACAUUUAAAGACAUCAACUCUGGAUAUUUCCCUAGGUCAGCCUGGAACCACAGUUUCAUGGUCCUCCCAUCCUGUUAGUGAAGAGACUUCAGAGGUUCUUUCUACAAACAUCUCACCUAGUGCUCCAGACAUGGUGACAUCAACAACUCUGAACCACACUUCUUCAGAAACACAGACCAUAACAUCUUUGGUCACACAUCAUGAGGGAAAGCCCACUUUAUAUCUAUCAACUCAGGAAGUCUCUCCAGGCAUAACAGAAGGGACACCAGCACUAUUCACUCCCUUGGGCACAGAAACCUCCACAAUGAUUUCUACUGAUCUUGUAUCCACAGGCCAAGAAGGGACUACAGAACCAUUGGUUACCCCUUCUGGAAAGGAAGCCACUUCCUGGGCGGAGUCUACCACCAUUUCAACUAAUGUUCCAGAAACAAUGACCUCACCAACUCUUAUUCCUUCUGAACUACAUACCACAGUUUCACUAGCCACCCAAGCUGGGGGACAGCUGAGUGCAGUCAUGUCUACUCUGCCUGUUUCUCCAAGUAUAACAGAAAGCAAACCGUCAUUGGACACCAGCUCUGGCACAGAACGGCAUUUAGAGACUUCAUCUCUGGAUAUUUCCCUAGGUCACCUGCAAUCCACAGAACCAUGGUUCACCCAUGUUGGUAGUGAAGGGAUGUCAGAGGUUUUACCUACAAAUGUCUCGCCUAAUGCUCCAGACCUGAUAACAUCACCAACUCAGAACCACACUUCUUCAAAAACAGAGACCAUAACAUCAUUGGCCACGCAUGGUGGGGGACAGCCCAGUUUAUCUUUGUCUACUCAUCCUAUAUCUCCAGGUAUAACAGAAAUGACCACAGAAUUAUUCAGUGACUUUGGAACAGUAAGCUAUGCAAUGACUUCAAUGCUGCCUGUUUCUUUAGGCCAACCUGUGACUAGAACCCCAGUGGUCAGUCAUUCUGAAACAGAAGCUUCUUCAGGGGUUCUACCUCUCACCAUUUCAACUAGUUUUUUAGAAAUUAUGACUUCACCGACUCCUCUUCCAUCUGAACCACAUACGACAGCUCCAUUACUCACCCAUGUCGUUGACCAGCCCAGUGCAGCCAUGCCCACUCUUGGUGUCUCUCCAGGUAUAACAGAAAUCAUACCACCACUGGUCACUAAUUCUGGCACAGAAAGCCACUCAGUGACUGCACCUCCGGUUGUUUCUCCAGGUCAACCUGAGUCCACAGCCCCAUUGGUCACCCAUUCUGAAAAAGAAAAUACUCUAGGGGUUCUAUCUACCACCAUUUCACCUAAUGUUCCAGAUACUAUGACCUCCAAAGCUGAGAAUCACACUUAUUCUGAAACACUGUCUACAAAAUCAUUGUUCUCCCAUGCUGGUACACCACCCAGUUUAAAUAUGUCUACCAUGUCAAUCUCUGUAGGUAUAACAGAUGUAACAUCAUUACUAAGUACAAACUUGGACACAGAGGUCUAUCCAAUGACUCUAACUGUGGCUUCUACCCCAGGUCUACCAGAGACAACACCCUCCUUGGUGACUCAGUCUCAAAGAGAAGUCACUGUGGGUGUUUUAACUACUACCAUCUCACAUACUAUUGCAGACAUGGUGACCUCAUCAUCUUUUUUUUCUUCUGAACAACAAGCCACUACUUCAUUGGUCACCUCUACUGAAGGACAGCCUAGUUCUGUCAUGUCCACUCUGGCUUUUUCUCCUGGUGUAACAGAAAAGAUGCAAUCACUAGUCACCAGCUCUGGCUCACAAAGCCAUUCAGCAUCUUCCUCUAUGUACCCUUCUCCAGGUCAACCAGACAUCCCAACCUCAAUGGCCACCCCUCCUGAAGGAGAAACCACCUUGAAUAUUCUCACAACAGACAUCUCACCGAGUGUUCCAGAAUUGAUGUCCUCACCAACUCUUAUUCCUUCUGAACCGUAUACCACAAUGUCACCGGUCACCCAUGUUGGGGACCAAUCCAGUCCAAGUAUCUCUACUCUUUCUAUCUUUCCUGGUAUAACAGAAAUGAUGACAUCACUGGCCCCUCCCUCUUCAAUAGAGAUACAUACAACAACUCCAACCUUCACUGUUCUUGCAGAUCAAACAGAUACCACAGCCUCCUGGGUCACCCAUUCUGGCAAAGAAACCACUUCAACCAUUUCCAAUCUGUCAACUUUACCUGGUGACACAGGAAGAACUGAAAUAUGGCCUAUUCUUUCUGCUGAGACUAGCACACCACUUCCCAGAACAAUGCCCACAUUUUCUUAUAGUGAAUCAGAUAUUACUUCUUCAGCUUCUGAGGUAGAGACCACUUCAGCCACAACUCUUUCAUCUGUUGCUUCUGAAGAAGGAACCUCUCUCUCCAUCCACACAGAGAUUGAGACAAGCACAACCAUUCAAACUGUAACCCCUUCCCUUGUUUUACCAGGCACCACAGGAUCAUGGGCUUCCAGUCCUUCAGCAAAAUAUACUCUGACAAUGUCCUCUAGUGUCCCUGGAUUACCUGGUGUUCCUACAACUAAUAAAUCUAGCACUGCAACUUCACAGAGGAUAGAGACUUCACCAUCUUUCACUACAGUUGGACUUUCAGAUUUUGUCACUGAUGUCAUAAGCCCUACCAUGACCUUGAUACCAUCAGAGUCUUCAACAAGCCCACUCGAUGAGCUGGGAACUACAAGUGAAACCAUUCAUUUAGCCACCACAAGCUCAAUACCCAUUGGGACUAAGCCCUCAACUACACUGCAUGGAAGUUCAUCUGCCCUUCUGACCACAUCUAGAGUGUCCACGUGGUCCCCUGAGAAUGUUACUUCAAUACCAAGUACAAGUAAACAUCCAGAAUUGGUGACAUUCACAUUUAACAUGACAAUCACCAACCUGCUUUAUACAACAGAAAUGGAGCACCCAGACUCCUUACACUUCAAAGCCUUGAACUACCUGGUAAUGUGCCGCAUGCUUACCAUGGCUUACCUUUUCUUCACCCCACCCAGUGACAUGAACCUCUAUCACUCAUUCUCUUGUCUAUCCCAGCUCCAGUCCUUGCUCAAGAAUACCAGCAUUGGUUCUGGUUACUCUGGCUGCAGAUUGACCUUGGUCAGGUCUGGAGAGAAUGGGGAAGCCACUGGAGUGGACACUGUCUGCAUCUACCAUUCUGACCCAAUGACUCCUCCCCUGGACAGAAAGCAGCUGUAUCAAGAAGUGACCCAGCUAACCAAUGGCAUUACCAGGCUGGGUUCCUACAUUCUAGACAAAGAUAGUCUCUAUGUCAACGGUUAUAACCAACGGUACUGGACUCCUACCACCAGCAGUACACACCCAUCUCUGGUCCCCUUCACCCUCAAUUUCACUAUAACCAACCUGCACCAUACAGAGGGCAUGGGAUCCCAAGGAUCUGAAAUAUUCAACAACACAGAGAGGAUCUUGAAUCGUCUGCUCAAGCCCAUGUUCAAGAAUAGCAGUAUCGGGCAUCUUUAUUCAGGCUGCAGACUGAUCUCACUGAGGCCUGAAAAAAAUGGAAUAGCCACUGGAGUGGAUGCUGUCUGCACUCACCUUUCUGAUCCCAUGGGCCUUGAGCUGGACAGACAGAAGCUGUACUGGGAACUGAACAAUAAGACCCAAGGUGUCACCCAGCUAGGGUCCUUCACUUUAGAAACGGACAGUCUGUACAUCAAUGGUUUUACGCAUAGAAGAACCUCUUCUUCUUCCACUCUCAACACUCCUGUGACCUCCUCUCCGUUUUUCACAGAGAGCUCCACUGCACAACCCAUCCUUAAUACAGUGCCAGUCUCUCCUCUGGUGCCUUUCACCAUCAACUUCACCAUCUCUAACCUCAAGUAUGAGGAGGGCAUGCUUCAUCCUGGAUCCCGGAAGUUCAAUGUCACUGAGAGAAUCCUACAAAGACUGCUCUGGCCUUUGUUCAAUAAAACCAGUAUCGGCCUCUUUUAUUCUAACUGCAGACUGAACUUGCUCAGGUCAAAGAAGAAUGGAACAGCCACCAGAGUGGAUGCCAUCUGCACAUAUCACGCUGACUCCAAAGGCCACAGAUUGGACAGGGAACAGCUGUACUGGGAGCUGAGCAGGUUGACUAAUGGUGUCACCAGACUGGAUCCCUACACCCUGGACAGGAACAGCCUCUAUGUCAAUGGUUUCACAAAUCAGAGCUCUGCGUUUACUACCAGCAUGCCAGCCUCUCCUCUGGUGCCUUUCACCAUCAACUUCACCAUCACUAACCUCAAGUAUGAGGAGGGCAUGCGUCACCCGGGAUCCUGGAAGUUCAAUGUCACUGAGAGAAUUCUACAAAGACUGCUCUGGCCUUUGUUCAAUAAAACCAGUAUCAGCCUCCUUUAUUCUAACUGCAGACUGACCUCACUCAGGUCAAAGAAGAAUGGAACAGCCACCAGAGUGGAUGCCAUCUGCACAUAUCACGCUGACUCCAAAGGCCACAGAUUGGACAGGGAACAGCUGUACUGGGAGCUGAGCAGGUUGACUAAUGGUGUCACCAGACUGGAUCCCUACACCCUGGACAGGAACAGCCUCUAUGUCAAUGGUUUCACAAAUCAGAGCUCUGCGUUUACUACCAUGAUGGCCAUGAUGACGGGAGAAACCAACAGCUCAGUGUGCCUUUCUCCCACCCCCACACUAGUGCCAGCCUCUCCUCUGGUGCCUUUCACCAUUAAUUUCACCAUCACUAACCUCAAGUAUGAGGAGGGCAUGCGUCACCCGGGAUCCUGGAAGUUCAAUGCCACUGAGAGAAUCCUACAAAGACUGCUCUGGCCUUUGUUCAAUAAAACCAGUAUCAGCCUCCUUUAUUCUAACUGCAGACUGACCUUGCUCAGGUCUGAGAAAGAUGGAGCAGCCACAGGGGUAGAUGCCAUCUGCACUCACCAUCCAGACCCAACUGGACAUGGGCUGGACAAGGAGCGGGUAUUCUGGGAAUUGAGCAUGCUGACUAAUGGCGUCACGCAGCUGGGCCCUUACACCUUAGACAAUAGCAGUCUGUGCAUAAGUGGUUAUACACAUCAGGUCCCGUCCAUCUCAUCUACAAGUGAGUAUUCUUGGGCCCGUUACAUCGUUCCAAUGCUCAUGUGUCUUCCAUAUCCCUCCCCUCUUCCUGCAGUAGCGGGUGCUGUGCUGAUGUCUUUUACCAUCAACUUCACUGUCACUAAUCUGGAGUAUGUGAAGGACAUGGGUCAUCCUGCAUCCAGGAAGUUCAACGCCACUGAGAGGAUCCUUCAGAGACUGCUCAGGACAUUGUUCAGUAAAACCAGCAUCGGCUCCCUGUACUCUGGAUGCAGACUGACCUUUCUCAGGUCUGAGAACAAUGGAACAGCCACAGGAGUAGAUGCCAUCUGCACCUACCACCCUAAUACUUCUAAUCAAGUGCUGGACCGAGAGAAUGUGUACUGGGAGCUGAAAAGACUGAACAAUGGCAUCAUGCAUCUAGGGCCCUACACCCUUGACCAGAACAGUCUCUAUGUCAAUGGCUAUACACAGCAAAUUCUGGCUACCACCCAAAGCACCUCAAGCUCUGUUCUGCUGCUGUGCACUCUUAACUUCACCAUCACCAACCUACCCUACAUUAAGGACAUGUGGAUGCCAGGAUCUACCAAGUUCAACAAUGUAGAAAAAGUCCUGCAGCUUCUGCUCAAACCUUUGUUCCAAAAUACCAGUGUUGGCCAAUUGUAUUCUGGUUGCAGACUGACCUCACUCAGGCCAAAGAAUCAUGGUGAGGCCACCAGAGUCGACAUGGUCUGCACUUACCACCCAAACUCCACAGGCCCUGGUCUGGGAAGAGAGCAGCUAUACUGGGAGCUAGAACAGCUCACUCACAACAUUACUCAACUGGGUCACUACAUCCUGGACCAGAAUAGUCUCUAUGUCAAUGGUUAUACACAGAAGAUUGCAGGUACCAGCCCCAGCAAAUCACCACCGUUGGUGAUAUUUACCCUCAACUUUACCAUCACCAACCUGUUUUACAAGAAGGACAUGCAGACCCCAGGCUCCAAGAAGUUUAACGCUACAGAAAAGAUUCUGCAAGUCCUGCUUGGACCCUUGUUCAAGAACACCAGUAUAGGCCAUUUGUACAAUGGAUGCAGACUGAUUUUGCUCAGUCCCAGGAAAGACGAAGAAGCCACUGGAGUGGACACAGUUUGCACUUACUACCGUGACCACACAGGUCAUGAGCUGGCCACAGAGCAACUCUACUUGGAGCUGAACAAACUGACCUAUGAUUUCACUCAACUGGGCCCCUAUACGUUGGAUCAGGACAGUCUCUAUGUUAAUGGUUACACACAUUCAGUAUCAGAUGCCAUCCUUAACAGUGAGUAUUGCAGACUCCUGCAGGUCACUGGCUGCCUCCUUUCUCCUAAAACAGAAGACAUGCUGAAUGAGCCAACCUGCUCUUCUAUUAUCCACUUUCAAUGGAAUCAGCUUUGGUCCUUACCAUUUCUAAAUAGAUCUAUCUCUAUCUUCCCUACUCCUAAAGGCAAUGGUAGUAUCAUGGUACCCGUCACUCUCAACUUCACUAUAACCAACUUGCACUAUAAGGAGGAGAUGGGACACCCAGAUACCUUGAAGUUUGCCUCUACUAAGUGGAUCUUACAUUACUGGCUUGACAAUUUGCUCAACAAGACAAGCAUUGCACCACUCUACUCUGGAUGUACGUUGGCUUCACUCAGGUCUGAAAAUGAUAGAGCAGCCACAGGAGUGGAUAUCAUCUGUACCUUCCACUCUAACCCCAUGAGUUUUGGGUUAAACCAAAAUCAGCUGUUUUGGGAGUUGAGCCAUGUGACCCAUGGCAUUACUCGUCUGGGCCCUUAUACACUGGACCAGAACAGUCUUUACAUCAAUGGUUACAGAUUUGGAGCUGCAGUGCCAACUACCACCUCUGGCAAAAUCAGUGAGGAAACAUUCACAGUGAACUUCACCAUCAACAACCUGCGCUACUCAGCUGACAUGGGCCAGGUUGGCUCCCCCAAGUUCAACAUCACAGAUACACUCAUGCAGCACCUGCUCAGCCCUUUGUUUAAGAGGAGCAGCCUUGGUCCCCUAUAUACAGGCUGUAGAGUGGACAGUCUAAGGUCAGUGAAGAAUGGUGCGCAGACACAGGUAGAUGUCCUUUGUACAUACCACCAUCUUUCCAACAGUCUGGGACUGCCUGCCAAGCCAAUUUUCUAUGACCUAAGCUGGCAGACGCAUGGAAUCACCCGGCUGGGUCCUUACUCCCUGGAUAAAGAUAGCCUUUUCAUCAAUGGUUACAAUGAACCUGGUCCAGAUGUACCUCCUACAACUCCAGAGCCUGCCACCACCAUCUUGCCCUCCCCAUCAACAUCUCUGCAGCCAGAGUCCAACACAGCUAUGUGGCACCACCUGGAAACCUUCACAAUCAACUUCACCAUCUCUAACCUUCCAUAUUCAGCAGACAUGAUCAGUGGCUCUACCAUAUUCAACUCCACUGAGAAUGUUCUACAACACCUGCUUGCACCCUUGUUCCAAAAUGACUCCUUCAACUCAAGUUGCAGACUGACCUCCCUCAGGCCUGAGAAAAAUGGAACAUUCACAGGUGUCAUUACCACCUGCACCUACCAGCAUGACACUGCACAUCCUGGAAUGGACACACAGAAUCUGUACUUAGAACUGAGCCAUCUGACACAUGGGGCCACCCAGCUGGGAAACUAUACUCUGGAAGAGCAUAGCCUCUAUGUGAAUGAUUAUAAUGGACUGGGUCCAGACAUACUAACUACAACUCCUGAGCCAAGCACCACCAUACUGCCUUUUGCGUUGACACCUGUGCAGCCAGAAUCUACCACAGCUAUGGGGCGUCAUCUGCAAACCUUCACAAUCAACUUCACCAUCUCAAAUCUUCCACAUUCAGCAGACAUGAGCUAUAGUUCAGCCAUGUUCAACUCUACUGAGAGUGUUCUACAGCACCUGCUUAGACCAUUGUUCCAGAAUAUCUCCUUCAACUCAAGCUGCAGUCUGACCUCCCUCAGGCCUGAGAAGAAUCAAAACUCCACUAGUGUGAAUGCCAUUUGCUCCUAUCAACAUGACUCUGCACAUCCUGGGCUGAACACACAGGAGCUGUAUUGGGAGCUGGGUCACCUGACCCAUGGAUUCACUCAGCUGGGCAACUAUACACUGGACAAAGAUAGUCUUUUUGUGAAUGGUUACAAUGAAAUUGGUACAGAAGAACCAACCACAAAUCCUGAACCUGCCAGUACCAUGCUGCCUUCUCCAUCGAUGCUUGUGCAAACAGAAUCUACCACAGCUGUGGGGCACCCCUUGAAGACUGUCACAGUCAGCUUCACCAUUUCCAACCUUCCAUAUUCAGCAGAUAUGAAUGAUAGUUCAUCCGUGUUCAACUCCACUGAGACUAUCCUGAAGCACCUGCUUGAACCAUUGCUCCAUAAGAUUUCUUUCAACUUAAGCUGCAGACUGGAUUCCCUCAGGCCAGAGAACAAUGGAACAGCUACUGCUGUGGAAGCCAUCUGCACCUACUACCACGACCCUGCACAUCUUGGGAUUGACAUCCCAGGACUUUACUCAGAGGUGAGCCAACUGACCUAUGGAAUCACCCAGCUGGGAAACUACACACUGGACAAAGACAGUUUGCACAUCAAUGGUUUUAGUAAACCUCAUCCAGAAGGAUCAUCUACAACUCCUGAGCCAGCUACCACUAUACUACCUUCUUUAUCUACAUCUUUGCUACCAGAAACUACCACAGAGUACCAUCUGAAUAUUCUUACAAUCAACUUCACCAUAUCCAACCUUCCAUAUUCACCAAAUAUGAGUGAUGGCGUCACAAUGUUCAGCCCAACUGAGAGUGUCCUGAAGCACCUGCUUGGACUCCUCCAUAAUGGCUCCUUCAACUCAAGUUGCAGAUUGGAUUCCCUAAGGCCUAAGAAGAAUGGAACAGCCACUAGUGUGGAUGCCAUCUGCAUCUACUAUCCUGACCCUGCACAUCCUGAGAUGGACAUCCAAGGCCUGUACUCAGAGCUGAAGAAUCUAACUCAUGGAAUCACCCAACUGGGUAAUUACUCACUGGACAAAGGAAGUCUGUAUGUCAAUGGUUAUAAUGGACAUGGUGCAGAACUUCCUGCAGCUCCUGAAUCACCCACCACUAUCCCGCCUUCUCCAUCAACAUUUGUGCAAGCAGAACCUACAAUAGCCAUAGGGCAUUUGAAGACUUUCACACUCAAUUUUACCAUCCUCAACCUCCCAUACUCAGCAGGCAUGAGCACUGGCUCAGCCAUGUUCAAUUCCACUAAAAGGAUCCUGCAGCAAUUGAUUGGACCCUUGGUCCAGAAUGAAUUCCUCUAUUCAGAUUGCAGACUGGCUUCCCUCAGGCCUAAGAAGAAUGGAACAACCACUGGGGUAAAUGCUAUCUGCUCCUAUUACCAUAACCCUGAACAUCCUGAGCUUGACAUUCAGGAGCUAUAUGUAAAGCUGAGCCAGUUGACCCAAGGAGUCACCCAGCUGGGCAACUACAUCCUGGACCAGAACAGUCUCUAUGUCAAUGGUUACACUUACCAGACUUCAGGGACUUCCCCCACUGGCUACGUGCCCGAGAAUGUAACCAUAGAGGGUGAGUACCAGCUAAGCUUCCACAUUAUCAACUGGAACCUGAACAACACAGACCCAGCAUCUUCAGAGUAUAUCACUAUAAAGAGGGACAUCGAAGAACAGGUCACCACACUCUACACAGACAGCCAGCUAAAAGAAGUAUUCCAGUCUUGCCUUGUCACCAACUUGACGUCGGGCUCCAUGGUGGUCACUAUGAAGGCAUUUUUCUCCUCUUAUCUGGACCCAAACCUUGUGAAGCAAGUCUUUUUCAAUAAGACAUUGAAUGCCUCAUCCCACUGGCUGGGUGCCACCUACCUGGUGACAGAUCUUCAUGUGAUAGACAUGAAGACACCUAUUCUUCUGUCAACAGAAAUACCAACAACUCUUUCCAGCUCUCAGCAUUUCAACCUGAACUUCACCAUCACCAAUCUACCCUAUUCCCAAGAUAUAGCCCAACCAGGCACCACCAAAAACCAGCAAAACAAAAGAAGCAUUGAAUAUGCGCUCAACCAGCUUUUCAGAAACAGCAGCAUCAAGAGUUACUUUUCAGACUGUCAAGUUUUAGCCCUCAGGUCUGUCUCCAACAGCAACCACACAGGGGUAGAUUCCCUGUGUAACUUCUCACCAUUGGCUCGUCGAAUAGACAGAGUUGCUAUCUAUGAGGAAUUCCUUCGGAUGACACAAAAUGGAACUCAAUUGCUGAAUUUCACACUGGAUAGAAAGAGUGUCUUUGUGGAUGGGUAUUCUCAAAACAGAGAUGAUGAUGUGAUGAAGAAUUCUGGUCUUCCCUUCUGGGCCAUUAUUCUCAUCUGCUUGGUGGUCCUACUGAUACUUAUCACAUGUCUGAUGUGCUGUUUCCUGGUGACUGUCUGCAGAAGGAAAAAGGAGGGAGACUACCAGGUUCAACGUCACCGCCUGGGUUAUUAUCUGUCUCACUUAGACCUGAGGAAGCUCCAGUGACUCCAUCUGCCACUGGUGUCUUUUCUCUAUCAGGGUUCAAAGAAUAAAUAAAUAAACCACAUUGGUCAAAUUCAGCAUCUGUGGCUUUCUUGAUGUGA